GUGACGUCUGCCUGUCCGCUGGGUGUGCGCAUAGCUACUGUUGGGGGGCGGUGCAGCAGUGAACUGGUUAAGUGGUAGCUAAGUAACCAGUGUAUACAGUUCUGCUGCCAUGUGGCUACUGAGACUGGGCUGCACAGAGAGCAAGAAUUCAGGAUGCCUACUCCUUCCUCAAUUCCAACAAAAUACCAGACUGUCUAUAUUCCUGAGUCAGAAAAGAAGGGUUUCAACUCGAGGUCACUGAGAUUUUCCUACAGUCUUAAACAGAAUGAAAAUCCAGGUCCUGGAUCGUACAAUGUCGGAAAGGGACCAAAUACAUACAGUGUUUCACAUUCAAGUAAAGGGACAGGUGGAUUUCCAUCAAAGGUACCUAGAACUUCUCGUAAUAGAGCUGUUCGUUCUCCAGCUCCUAAUUCUUAUAAUAUACAAGGUUCAGUGUUUUCAAAGAAGGAUUUUAGCAAGAGUUACUCCAGCAUGUUUCAUCAGCCUAUUGCUGUCAAGGUGGAGAAUACAAAACAUAAGAUGCCAGCUCCAAAUCAGUACAAUGUAUCUAUAAAUUUUUGCCAUCCAAACAAUAAUGUGUCUGCCCAUGCAGCUUUUGUAUCAGGAACAAAAAGAGAUGCUAUACAGAUGAACACUUUGAAAGGACCUUCACCAUGUCACUAUACAAUAAAUGACUCUCAAGUUAAAGAAUCUCCCAAGGUCGUGGCUUCAUGCUUCAAGUCAAAUACUUCACGUGACAUUUUAAACGUGACGUCAAAUUUCCCUGGGCCAACCAGCUAUGACCCAUAUGGAUCUCCAGAAAUAAGAAAGAAACCUGUUUUUACGAAGAAACAUUUCCUGUGUUUCUCAGCUCCUGCAGUUCCAGUUCCCAAGACACCACCUGUCCCAGGCCCAGGACACUAUGACCUUGUGGAUUUUGAAGGACCACCCAAACAUUACAUUUCCAGUGCUGUAUUUGUGUCAAACACAAGUCGUUGGGCAGGAGAUGUCUUUGCAGCAGAUGUUCCAGGACCAGUUCCUACAGGUCUUUGUUAUGGACCCAUUAGGACUCCAUGUGCCGUCUUAUGUUGUCUCGAAAGUACCUCAUGUAAAAGGCACCUUGGGUGCUUAUCGUCCUGAAGUCCCAGGAAAACAGUCCUUCCUUUACAACUGUGACAAGAAGUGGAUUCCAGCAUAGGCCACACACGAAGCCCGGCUCUCAUGAGUUACAUUUAAAGAACACAUCUGGGAACCAUGGCUUUAACAGUCUUCUGUGUCAACUCUAAAGAACUAUGAAUAAAAACAAGGCUGCACUGCAUUUUUGUGUCUAGUAUCAGAUUUGGGAGUCCCUAUUAUCAGCAAUUUUGCAGAUGAAAAAAAAGAAUAGAAAAUCAGAAAAGUACAAGAAGAUCACAUUCAUGAAAGCUAAAGAAGAAAUUACAUGUUACCCAAAAUUAUAUGUUGAAAAAUGCAACUUGUUUGGCAAAAAACAAGCAUUUACACAAUAACCUUGAUGCAAAAAUUGAUAUGGCUCUUGCAAAGGGAAAAAAAA